AUUAUUGUCCCUCUUUCACGAUCUCAGUUCCCAGUUCCCAGUUCCCACCUCUUCUGGAAUCAUCUGCCAUCGCUCCCAUCUUCGAUAAUCUCAUCGCCGAUUGCAAUCUUCGUUUUCAAUCGGUGGCGAAAAGCUGCAAAGUGCAAAACCAAGAAAAGCAGUUGAAGGAGGAUAAAUGGGGCGAAAAGCUGGUGGACUUUUUAUAAACCCUAAGAGAUUUGGUACACUUCAUAAACCUUGCAUGAAGGAAAUGAUAAUGUUCCUCAACUGUAUGGCUACUAGCCAUGACAACGCUGAAGUUUGUGCUCGCCAGAAGGAACUUUUGAACACUUGUAUGGAAUCUCAGAGUAAAAAGAACAGAAAGUCUUGGGGGAGUAUCAACUAUCAUCUGCAGAGGCUUAGCAGAGGAAGGAAGUAAUUUACAUUUUCGGAUGUCAAUGAAUCUUUUUUCAUAAUUCAAGAUCAUCACUUGCCAUGCAUUUUGUAGGCUAGACUGAAAUGACUAUAUAGUAACUUGUACUUUCAAGCUUUGCUCUACUCUAUUCAUAAAUUGAAAACAUUGCAAGAAAUAUGUUGAAGAUUGAUAUAGUUUCCUGUAUCAAUUAUAGCUUUAAUAUGCUACAGCCUGCAUAGAAUGGUGUUUGGGAUUGUUGUUGCUCCUCAUAUAUUACUAAAUUCUUUUAUAAUUGCUGAAAUGUAGAUGGUUGUUGGAUCUU